AAAAGCGGGGGUUAAAGUAGGAGAAGAGAGAGAGAGAGAGAGAGAGAGAGAGAGAGAGAGAGGGAGGCGUGCAUUGGUUGCGCCCACGGACUCAUUCAAGCUAUUCAAUGCUGCACCAAACGCUCACUUCUUUUUCAUUCCACCAUUCUUCUUCUUCCUCUUCUUCUUCUUUGCAAGCUCUGGUUUCUCCGGUGAAGAUGGAGGUGGUGGCGUUGAAGGUGAGCUCGAGGGAGGAGAUGGGAGAGGUGGUGGGAGAGGAGGUCGGUGUGGGUUUGGAGAAAGGGAGUAGUUUGGGGGAUGAGUUCUCCAUUGAUGACCUUCUUGAUUUUGGAGCUGAAGAGGAAGCGGAUGAAGCUGGAGUGAGAGAAGAUGAGGAAGCUGAAGUCUUUGAACCGGAGAACUCUAACUCGUCUUCUUCUUCGUCGCUUUCCUUGGAACUCCCUCCACUUUCUGAAAUCGCUUUGCCGGCGGCGGAUGUGGCGGAGCUGGAAUGGGUCUCGCGUAUCAUGGAUGACUCCUACUCUGAGUUCCCACCGUGCUCCGGCGUUAUCCCCGGCGUUCCGGUGCCGAAAAUAGAGCCCAAGGUGGAAGCCGUAGUCCCUGUUAAAGCUAAGCGGAGCAAGCGUCACCGAACGGCCGGUUGGGUCCGGGCAAGCUCCGGCCAAAACCCCGACCCCACGUCCUCGUCUUCCACCUCUUCUCCGGUGUCAUCCUGCUCGUCGUCGUCCUCAUCGCCGCCGUGCCUCAUCUACGACUUCAAACCACCAAGUCUCCUCCUUUUAGACGAUGAAGCCCCGCAAAGCCCCAAACCAAAGAAAAGAGGCCGGAAACCCAAGUCCAUCGUUGCCGCCACCGCUGGCGCAACCGGCGAGAGAAGGUGCAGUCACUGCGGCGUCCAGAAGACACCGCAGUGGCGAGCUGGGCCAUUAGGGGCCAAGACUCUCUGCAACGCGUGCGGCGUGCGGUACAAGUCUGGUCGGCUCCUCCCGGAGUACCGGCCGGCGUGCAGCCCAACAUUUGUCAGCCAUGUUCACUCCAACAGUCACCGUAAAGUCCUGGAAAUGCGCCGGAAGAAGGCUGAAGAGGAGCAACGCCGCCACUUCCUCCUCACCAUUCCCUCCUCCCCUCUUCUUCCCAUCUACUCCUAAAUCCUAAUCAUUGAAUUCACAUUUAGCUCAGACUUAGUUUGUUUUUCUUAGCUUCUUAUUCUCCAGACCAGAGAGACCUUCACUGAAAAUUGUAGAACUAGAAAUUCUAGGAGAAAUGAGUGUGUGUUUUUAGCUUAGCUCUUAUAUAUAUAUAUAUAUAGAAACAGUAUGUUUUUUCUUCAAUCCUUGUGUUGUAGUUCUGGUGAUGGUGAUGAUGAUGAUGAUGAUGAAUUGUUAUAAAAAUUGGAUUUUUUUU